CACUCUGUAGUCUUUAUAGAUGGAAUUCUGGUUCAUUGUGCAGCAUUUCAAAGCUCAACCCAUUUGGGUUCGUUUCUUAUCUUUUCUGGGUCUCUUCUGUUUGUCAAAAUUCACCUUGAUUCUUCUUCGUUGGGUUUACGUUUCUUUUCUCAGACCUGGUAAGAAUCUCAAGAAAUAUGGGUCGUGGGCACUCGUGACGGCACCCACUGACGGCAUUGGGAAGGGUUUUGCCUUCCAAUUGGCACGGAAGGGACUCAACUUGGUUCUGGUGGGUCGCAAUCCUGAUAAGUUGAAGGACGUUUCGGACGCCAUCAAGGCGAAGUUUGGGAAAACCCAGAUCAAGAAUGUGGUGGUUGAUUUCUCCGGUGAUCUUUCCGAGGGGAUACGUCGGAUUCAGGAAGCCAUUGAAGGUCUGGAUGUUGGCAUUCUCAUUAACAACGUCGGCGUUUCCUAUCCCUAUGCGAGGUUCUUUCAUGAAGUGGAUGAAGAGCUGAUGAAGAAUCUGGUUCAUAUCAACAUUGAAGGCACCACCAAGGUUACGCAGGCACUGCUCCCCGGUAUGCUUAAGAGGAAGAAAGGCGCAAUCGUCAAUAUCGGUUCGGGGGCAGCCAUUAUUAUACCCUCCGAUCCUCUUUAUGCUGUUUAUGCUGCUACGAAAGCGUAUGUUGAUCAGUUCUCAAGAUGCCUUUAUGUGGAGUACAAGAAUAGCGGAAUUGAUGUGCAGUGUCAGGUACCUUUAUAUGUGGCAACAAAGAUGGCAUCAAUUAGGAAAUCUUCCUUCUUCGUACCAUCCACAGAUGGUUAUGCUCGUGCGGCUGUGUGCUCGAUAGGCUAUGAACCACGUUGCACACCCUAUUGGCCACAUUCUUUACUAUGGGGUCUACUCUACUUUGUUCCCGAUUCUAUUUUUGAUUAUGGGCGACUGUCAUUCAACCUUAAGAUUCGGAACAAGGGACAGCUUAAGGAUGCAAGGAAGAAAGAUUGAUGAAUGGUGUUGUGUUCUGUCUUGGUUUGGUAGGGGUGGAUGGUUUUGACUGUCUGAAGUGUUUAUUGGUUCUCAAGGCUUUAAUGUUUUAAACUGCUAAAUGCAUCUGUCUGUUCUCUUAGUUGAAUUAUAAGUUCCACUUAAGAUGGGGAGGGGGGGAGAGGAGGGGUGGGGCAGGGAAGUAGUAAGCUUAGCAAUGGUGUAUUUCGCAGAUAACCUUUAUUCUUUGCAUUUUCAAGGAGUUGGGGUUAGACCCAUCUUUUGGUGGAUGCCAUCAGGUAGUGAUCACGUACCUUCAUUAGGUUGUCUCCCUUAAAUCAGUUGAAAUGUUAUCUGAUGAA